GAAUGGUAAAAUCACUCAAGGAUCUCUAGAUGCGGGAUAUCUUAAAAUUGGAAAACCAUCUAAUCUUGAAUGGUGUUCAAAAAAGAAAACUCUUCAGCAUGCUGUGCGCCUCGGGCUUCAGCGUCAAUGUGGUGUUAAGCAGAUGUUUGAUGAUUGGUCUUGUCAAGAAUUUCCAUCCUUAGCUGAAGCACAACGCAUAACUGGAAUUGAUAGAUCAAAUAUUGGUAAAGUUUGCAAAGGUCGUCUAGCCUCUGCCGGAGGGUAUCAUUGGGAGUACUUAAAUGUCAGUAACACAUCAUAA